AUGCUAUUAAAGCUUGGACCGUUCUCAAACACACUCACGUACACACUCAUUUUGUUGUUUAAAAAUUCAUCUGCUUCCAUCCUUCCAGGAGGGCUCGGGUGCUUCAAGCUUCUCAGGCAUGUGAAGGCUGGAUUUAGCCUGAACGCCCUGGUUCCCAGGAAGGCUGUGGGAUGGAAUACCAGAGCAGCUAAUAGCCUGCAACUGAAAGGGCAUGGUGACCUGUCACUGUGCCUGGGGAGAGUCAGCUCAGCGUUUGUGCUGUGCUCACUCAAAAAUGCUCAUUCUAGCUUUCAGGUUUAA